AUGGUGCACCAAGCAGAGUUUCUAGCGCCCACCGGCACCAACAUCUCGUCGGUUCUCCAAGGCGGUUACAACCACCCGCUCUCUCGAGAGUGGCAGAGUGAGCGGCAGUUGACGAAAAACAUGUUCAUAUUCCCACUUUUCAUUCUGGACGACGAAAAUGAAGAACUGGAUAUCGCCAGUCUUCCCAAUAUAAAACGCAGAGGCCUCAACAAGUUGGUUCCGUAUGUGGACAGCUUGGUCCAGAAGGGCCUUAGGGCCGUGAUACUCUUCGGAGUGCCUUUGAAAGAGGGAGUUAAGGACGAGUUGGGCACCGCUGCCGACGACCCAGAGGGCCCAGUCAUCGCAGGAAUCAAGUUGUUACGUCAAAACUUCCCAGACUUGUUCAUCAUGUGUGAUGUGUGCUUAUGCGAGUACACUGAUCACGGUCACUGUGGAGUUUUGAACGAAGACGGAAGCUUGAAUCGUGAAAAAUCGUCGCUUCGUCUUGGAGCCGUCGCUGUUAAUUAUGCCAAAGCCGGUGCCAACUCGGUGGCUCCUUCAGACAUGGUAGACGGACGAGUCCGUGACAUCAAGCUAGGCUUAAUUGAGGCUGGACUUGCUCACAAAUGCUUGCUUAUGGCAUAUUCCGCCAAGUUCAGUGGUGGAUUAUACGGUCCUUUCAGAGACGCUGCUGGCUCUGCACCCAGCCAUGGCGACAGAAAAUGCUACCAGCUUCCUCCAACCGGGUCUGGGUUGGCUAGAAGAGCAUUGACAAGAGACAUUCUGGAAGGAGCAGAUGCCGUCAUUGUUAAACCUUCGACUUUUUACCUUGAUAUUCUCAGCGAUGCAGCCAGAUUGUGCAAAGAUUACCCCAUUUGCGCCUACCAUGUGUCCGGAGAGUACGCCAUGUUGCAUGCCGCGGCAGAGAAGGGGGUGGUGGACCUCAAGCAAAUUGCGUUUGAAAGCCACAACGGUUUGCUCCGUGCUGGUGCCCGGCUCAUCAUCAGUUACUUCACUCCAGAGUUCUUGGAGUGGUUGGAGGUUUGA